AUGAUUCCCCUCCAUCCUCUACCAAGCUACCGUUCUCCAGGAACCACAUCACAUUUCUCAGCAACAGUAUCAGGUAAGCCAAUUUCUUGUCGUUUAUAAAGGUAGUCAAAACUCAAUUAUUCCAAAACAGAAGAACGACGCAAUAACAUUACAACCGAACUUGAAAAUGGAGUGUACGUUAACACCCCUUUCCCCACAUUUCCCCCGCCCUCCUUCAUCCUCAAGAUCUAUACUCUCCUUUCUCUCACCCACUAACCCCACACAGGUACGACUGUAUAGUCUGCACCGAAUCCCUCUACCCCACCUCAGACAUCUGGGCCUGUCCCUCCUGUUGCAACCUCUUCCACCACGACUGCGUAUCCAAAUGGGCCAAACAACGUCCUCGAGGCGCCUGGCCCUGUCCCACCUGCAAAGCAAUGCAGCCAGAACCCAGCAUGCAUGCGAAAUGUUGGUGUGGGAAGAUGGAGAAAAACUCGCUAAGACUGAAUGGGCUGCAUGAUGGGAACUCAUGCUACCAGGUUUGCGGGAAAAAACACGUACGUGGAUUCGAAGAGGGGACAUGUGAGGAGAUCUGUCAUCCAGGCGCUUGUGGUGAGGUCUUUUAUAGAACCGUUUUGCCCCGAAGACCGAAACCAUAUCGUAAUCAUGGGUCUCGGGGACGGGAGAAUGUUGCUUCUCAGGACCCUGAGAGUCCUUUUGAGAACGGGAAUGAGAAUAUUCAGCAAGAUCGCAACUUGAAUUGGUAUCAACGACUCGCGGAAAGAUGGAGGGAAGACGUGAAUUCUGAUACCGUCCAUUUAGCUGUGACUUGUUUGGUCUUUAUGCUUCUCAUGAUUGGAUUUGAAACAUUAUGGGCUUUUCAGAGGGCAGAAAAAAUGAAUCAACCACUGAGGCACCAGGAAUAUACGGACAGCGACUAUGCGGAGACGGGAGACUUUUUCGCAAAUCUGUUUCUCGGGAUACCGCUUCUUGUUCUUCCGUCUUUCGUCUCGUCCCUCGGCCUUGGGCUUGCGAUGGAUCAUAUCCUUACAAUUCUAUUUCAGUUGAGGCGCAAUUCCAUGAAGAGAUGGAUUUUGAGGGUAGUAUUUUUUCUGUUCACUGCUGGGACUUUGGCUACUUUUAUGGUUUUGUAAGUGCUCUAAAUUUACCCCGUGGGGUACUUGUUUUACACUUUCUACGGCAUACGAUCUAGAAAGGAGUUACUAACAUUUGUCGGGUCGCAGGCAAGUUUUAGUUCCUGAAGUUACUUGGGAAAACCAAUUUAAACAUGGUUGUGAUGGGUUUGAUACUCAUGUUGUCCUCGACCACGUUGUAGGAGAAGGGAGAGCUUCCUGUAAGUACCACAUCUCCUUCAAAAACCUCAUAUCUAGAAUCAAAAAGAAGAAACAACUGACCACCCCUCAAAGACACCAAAAUCUCAGACUCAAUCCAACUCCGCCCCCUCCACCUCGACAACCUACCCCACACCAGUCCAGGACUGAAUACCUUCAACUUCAGCACCCCCCACGACCUAACCAAAUCCAAAGACGCCCCCUUCUCAAACCUCCACAGAAUGCUAGGUCAAACACCGACCCACACUCUAGCAGUUGACUUCGAUCUCCACCACCACACAUGGAGAAUACUCGACCUCUCACCCUCGCAAAUCCAUCCCAUGCCUUCCCUCCAACACACGUCCGUACAAGCAGAUUCCAUGUCCAACGUCCUCAAGAACGGGACCUGGACCCAAACAUCACUAUGGAAUCCCCAUCUGCUUCUGCCUGAACUCAAGCUCUUGAUACCAGCAUUCCGACACUUUUCAAGGAAUAACAAAUACCAGCCUUUCAUGAAGGUGUAUGAUAUUUCUGGGAUGGACAAGGACCGUAUUGAGGAGGUGAAGUGGCGACAGUGGAGCGGGAAGAAUGAGGAGGGUGUUGCGAUGAGGACUCACGCAAACAGUCACUCACCUUCUUCUUCUCUAAGGGUUUGUUAUAAAAGAGGUGAGAUGGAUGGGAAGGCGUUGGGCGAUGACGCCUUGGUUCCUUUGGGACUAAUGGCUGUUAUGAGAAUACAGAGUUCGAAGGAUGUAGAUUAG